UCUCCCCAGGGCACCUGCCUCCAUCGGGCCGCCUUCUGCCCUCCCAGCUCCGUGAAGCCUCAGCCCCCUGUGCUCUCGGACCCUGGGCAGCCCGGGGCCUGGCGGCGGGCCGAAGAGGGAACAGCUGUGUUUGUGUUUGCCUCGCAGGUGCCGGGGGAACCCCGGCUCCCAGGAGCCCGGAGCUGGGGCGCACUUGCCGCUGGCCUGGCCCGGCCCCGGAGCAGGGCUCCCCUCCCCGAUCCCCCUCCUCCCCCUUGGGGUCUCGGCUCCGUCAGGCUCCCGGUGGCCCCUGGAUUCUGCAGCUGCUCUGAGGCUCUGUCACAUGAGCUCCUUCCCUUGCCCCCCCUCCUUUCCUUUCCUCCUCCCCUAGCAACGGGAAGGCUGUGGCUACCGGGGACCGGCCUGGGGCCAGGAGACUGCGGGCCGGGCUCCGGGUGCGGGGCGCGGGGCGCGGGGCGGAGCCGCCCCCCACGGGCUCCCUGCGGGCCGACCUGAGCAGCCCGUGCGGGCCCAGCGAAGGCCCCCCCCCGGCCCGGCGCCCCCGCGCUUCACGUUUUCUCCGCUGUCCACGAGCCCCCCCCGCCAAAAUGAGCCGGCCUCACCCGCCCGGGCCACUUUCAACAUACAACAGUCUAACAGACAAACAUCUUGUGGGCUACUUCAGCAAUAUAAGAAUCAGGAGGCAUCUUCAGAGAGCAGGGCUGAUCUCAAGAAGUGGAAGAAUACUCUCUGAGAAAGAAUACAGACAGAACAUCAUGAGGAAGGACCACCAAAAAUUCACCAGAGAAUACUUAGCUUAUGCUAUAUUCAAAAAGAUCCUUGAAAUGGAGCACAAUUACCAAAUGGAGCUCAAGAGGCGACUGGAGGCCACUGCUCAGAAGGAACGUGUGCAGAGAGUCAAGGUUGGGCGCUCACGGCGGGCAGUCGAGCAUUACAUGCCUGUGUUAUCUCCUCAUCCUCCAGUUGCUCCAAAAGCGAACCAUGGAUCAUGUGUUGUGAUUGACCAAGUGUAUUCUAGUUCUUUGAAACUGGCUCUCCCUCGGCCAAAUACUGCCCCAGGAAGACCCAGCACUGCCCCCGCAAACAUGCAGCAACGGCCAAGUCGGCUGCAGCCGCUCCUCAGUCAUCCCACAUCAGGAGUUACGCUAAAGCCACCAUCAGUGUCCAGGUCAAAGCCGUCUCUGGCCGAGAGUGAGGGUCGAUUUCCCAAUGGGGGCGAAAGGUACAGGAACCCUUCAGAGCAUCCCCACGGAGUGGCUCCAUAUCAGUUGCCUAUCAUUAAUGAGUAUUUGAUGCCUGUGCCUCCACCGCCGUCCCCGAGAAAUGAAAAGAUGAUCAACAAAAGUCGGAUCGAGGCAUGGAGGAGAAGAGUCCGUCCAACCACAGCCCCAAACAUCCCGGAUCCUCACAGGGAUUCAGGAAGACAUCAUAAAUCUCCUUUGCAUAGUAAUGCCUUCGUCACCAUGAUCUAUUGGGGGAAGAGUGUGCACUUGAAUCAUGACGACUUAAAUUAUAAAGACGAGAUCAAAAUUUAUCAGCAGCACUGCGGCGGGGAAAACCUUUGUGUCUUCCAAGGCAAACUCCUUGAAAAAGAGACGUUUCAGUUCAUUUCCAAGCGACACUUCGGCUUCCCCUUCAGCCUCACCUUUUUCCUGAAUGGGAUGCAGCUGGACCGGCUGAGCUCCUGCUGCGAGUUCAAGCAUCGGAGGGGUUCCAGGCUGGGAGGCAAGAAUGGAUACUUUGGAUUUGUGGACAUCGAUGGAGCUUCUCCGUGUUAUAAGUGCAUCAUUUCAAUGGGACUUGAUAAAAAGCCGUUUCCACCUCCAAAGAAAGAGAAAGAGAUGAUGGAGGUCAAUGAGGUCACUGUAAAAGAAGAGGCCACCAAAGUGAGCGAAAGUUUUAAUGAAGAAGUAGAAAAUGUGGGACCAACGCCGACGACGUGUUCGUCUCCCGAAGAUGAUAAAGUUGGAAAGCUUGUUGAGGAAGAGGUGGAGAGAGACCAGGAAAUAGAAAUAGCCAUUCCUGCAAAUAACACAGAAGCCUCAUUUCGAGACGACUAUGAUGAAGAUUUUGAAGCCGAUGACGAGAAAUCAAAUGAGAAAGUUAAAGAAGAUGGACAGACUGAUGAUCAAAUGAAUGGAAGGUCAAAGUCACCCUCAGAUGAUGAAAAAGAUAAUUUAGACAAUGAGAAGGAGAGUGAAACUUCAUUCCAGGAAAUACGAGAAACCUCUGAUUAUAUGAAGUAUGAUAUUGAUGGAUGUUCAGAUAAUGACUUGGAAGAUGAUAAGCAAGCUAGGCAAACUUCCUCCUCAGGCUCAUCCAGAAGUAAUACAUAUUCUAGUUCCGGUGAAGAUAUGUCUGAAAUGGGGGAUGGGAGAACCUGCAGUGAUCAAAGCCAAGAAGAAACUCAGCAAGAAAAUCCAUAUUUCAGGGAUGUGGAUGAAGAGGACAAAGUUGAAUACUCUCUUUCCCAGGAGGUCCUGGAUGAAAAGGAAAUUGAGUCCAAAAGGAUGGAUCCCGAGGGAAUUUCUGAAGAUCAAGGGGCGGAAUGUCAUUCUUCCUUAAAAGAGAUCCUUAAAAAAAGCACAAGUGGUGGGUGCAGAGAUCAGGCUUCUGGAGAAGGGAAGGAAGAGGAAGAGGAUGCUCGAUGGUCUUUGGCCAAGACUGCCAAAGAGAUGGAUGGUACAAUGGCAGGGCUUUCUAAGGUUGACGAAGGUGGUGAUCUCAAAUCAAUCCAAGAGGAAAUAAGAGAAUCAGCGGAAGAGGAUGAACUGCGCCCUUCUGAAGCUGAACUUAAUGACUCCAGCACAGACGAAGCGCAAGAAGGCUGGAGGAGUAGUCUGGAUCGCUCUCACAAAGAUGGGGACUUGUUGGCAGAAGAAACAACAGCUCUGGAGAUGGCUCUGGAGGAGUCCAAGCAUGUUGCACCUGAGGGAGAGCAGCUGAAGAGAGGAGAAGCCUUUGAGGGGGUCAUGAUACCAGAGCCCAAGAAAGCUGAACCAGAGGCAGGACUAGGGGGCCCCAGAACAAGGAAGAGAAAGGAGGAGGAGAAAGAGGAAGUAGAAGUGGGGGAGGAGGGAAAGAAAGAAGAGGGAGAGGAGGAAGCAGAAAAGGAGCAAGAGGAGGAAGAGGAGGAAGUUUUAGGGAGGGGAUGGAUGGUGGUCAUUACUACAUCAACACCUCGAGCUUUGGCUGAAGUGGCAGAUUUGACCAAGGAGAGGGAAGUCGUCCCUAAAGUUCAUUGGGAAGUUGAGGAGACAGGAGCUAAAGGAGAAGGGUUCACAUCUAAGGAAGAGGAGGAAGUGACAGAGAGGACAAGAACAUCUCAAAUCGUGACUAAGGCAGCAUCUCCUGAAGAGGGGUCUUGGAAAGACAAAGGCUCAGAGAGAAAAGAGGCUGCAAUCCAAGAGGAGAAGAAUGUAGGGAAGGCAAACAAGGAAAGUCAGGGAGACCCAGGGGAAGUAAGGCAUGAAAGCAAGACAGCAAUCCACAGCGAAGGGAGGAUGGAGGAGAUGGCCAACCAAAAAGAAAUCGAAAAGCUCGAGGAGGAAGAGGCUGAAGGGGAGAGAGGAUGCAGAGAAGCUGUAUCCCCAUCUAGGAAGGACAUGGCAGCUUGGAGAGAAGCACCAGAGAUGGAGGAACUUAAGGGCACCAAGGAAACGAUAUUUAAGAGAAAGGAAAUGUGCCCAGAGGAGCAGAAAGGUGGGGAAAAUGCAGCAACUCUGAGGGGCGUGUCGCCAGUGGAGAAAGGAGCUGAUUUGGAAGCUGGACCUCCCAAAGGGGCAGAGAAGGAGACAGCUGCUAUGGGAGAGGAAAUAAUGACCGAGGAGGAAACUGAGCCACUGAAUGAAAUUGUGAGGGAAGCCAUGUUCCAGAGGGAGGCUGUGACGCCCCUGGUGACAGAUGAAGACAAGGAGAUCUUUGAGCCUUUGAAAGAAACCACAAAUGGAAAAGAAGAUUCAGAGGAAAAGGAGUGUGAGAGCAAGAAAGGAGGAGAGAAGGGAGUGGAGCCUGGGGACAGGGCAGCAUUUCACAGAGAAAGGGCUGAAAACGAGAACAAACUGUCCGCAGGGGAAGCAGCCUCUGAAGUCAGGGAGUCCUCAGGGAAAGCGGGAAGUCCAGGGGAGAAGGAAGAAGCGGAAAGUGAAGAUGGAGACACUGGAUACGGAGCCACAGGGGAGGUGACUUGCAGUGCCAAAGGGGAAAACGAGGAGGAGGAACAGGAGAUGGAAUUACCGGCGGCCGGCGUGGGGAGGUCACCCAACAAUAGAGAGGGAGAGCCUGGAGACCAGGGGACACCUGAGGAGGAGAGCACCACGCUUCCUGAAAGGGUAGAAACCCUGGGGCAAAUAAGGGCGAAAGGGAGAGAACCACCAGCAAAGACCUGGCCAGCUGCCCUUGAUGACCCAGGGACGCCAGGAGAGGAAGCAGCUUCAGCACCAGGGACAGGGACACCUCCGAAGCAUGAAAGACAGGAAGGAGAAGCUGUUCCAGAAGGACCAGCCGAGGCAGAGCCGGGGGCUGCCGGAGGGAUGGCGGCGGCAGCUCCAGAGAGGGAGCCGUUGGCGGAGGAGGGUGACCCAGAAGAAAAUAGAGCCUCCUCUCCUUCAGAUGUUGCUGUGGGGGAAACUUGGCCCAGACGGGACCAGCUAAUAAAGAAAACAGCAGCUGCAGGAAGCGGGCCAGUGGAGGAGGAGGGAAAUGGAGACUGGGGCCCAGCUGGAGAGGAGGCGGGAGGGAAAGUGGCCCCAGAGACAGAGCCAGCCGCCAGGGAAGGGGCCUUCCAAAGGGCACUCGUGGUCCAGGCAAGGAAACGGGAUAGAGAUCAGAAAGGGGGGACAGUCAGAAAAUAUUGGAUGAGGGAGAAUGGCCAGGCUGCGGAGGCAGGGGGUGGUGAGGGGGAAUCCACUCUGGGAUCCCAGGAGCCAGGACCCCCAAAGGGAGGGCCCAAGAGCCAGAUCCCCCAGGCCACAGAAACCAUGACUGUGGGAAAGAUGGCGGAAAUCAGAAGGAAGCAAAACAGCUCUGCCCGACGGGAAGGAACUGACCUCAGGAACUGACCCCCAGGACUAGAUGGCUUUAAACAUGUCUUCUGGAAAGCAGGAGAAGCAGAGGAGCACGUCUCAAUCAUUGUUUUCGCUAGAUUUUUAAAACACUAAGUGGUUUUUCUUCCUCUGAGUAUUACACACACACAAACACGCACAUACACACACAUACACACACAUACACACACACUCACACAAUUAUAGAUUUAUGCUGAAUCAAAAUGCCAAUCUAUUCAUUUUUGCUGAUGCCCAACGUGACAAACUUUUCUGUUAACCCAGAGAAACUACAGGACUUGCAGGAAAAUAACUUGGAAGAAAGUCUCCCUAAUGGAAUCUCUCUCUAAAUGUUUCCCAUCACUGACAUCCAUCCACUUUCUAAGUGAAAUCAUAUUUUAAAAUCAGUCCCUUUUAUCCUAAUGCUCCCCUAUGUUUUCUGUAAAAUUACCCUAUAGUUUUAUGAAUUUAUGCAAAUUUUUUGUUGUUAAUUAAUGUCCCUUUCAAUCUCAGCUCAGGUGUCACCUAAGUGAAACUUGGGACUUGCUACUGCUAAAGACUUGACUUCUUGGCCCACAAAAAUCAUGUCAAGGAGCCUCCCACUUCUAUUCCUCAAACACAGCCUAGUACUGACCUUUAAGAUGCAAUCUCUGGGAAUUAUCCUGAAAAGAUGUAUUUGGUGGGAAUUAUAGGCUGAGAAGAUCCUUUCUUUCUGAUAAUGCCAACUGCUUCCCUCCAAAUGGAAAGGUUAUUUUUGAAAAGCUACCUGAGAGAGAGACAGAGACAGAGAUAAAGAGAGACAGAGAGAGAAAGAGUAUUUGUUAUCCUCCUUCCCUGGAUAGCUGGCCAAGCUCUCAGUUUACAGCAUUUCAUCUUAGGGGUCCUUAUUUCUGGAAACCAACCAUUGAAUCAAAAGAGUAUCUCUGUUAGCUCCAGACAGCAGGGCAACUUUGGCAAUUAAAUUGAGAGAGCCCAGACCAAGUGCACCCAGGCCCUAGUGAGGUCUGCUGUCGAUACCACAAGGAAUGGGCGGUUGGGAUGGGUCGGCCCACUGUUGCCCAUUUCUGGGGUGGGGGUGUUGUACUAAGAACCUGCAUCAGUAAAUGGCAGCGGAGGACUCCCCGACCUGGGAGCAUGUCUUAGAUGAGUGUGAGUGAGCCUCCCUCUACAGGAAGGGAUUUCUCUGCCCCCAGAGUGUUGUUGUUGGGAUUCCUGGGCUUGGGUACCUUUUCCUCUUUUAGAGCUUGUUUGCUAGAUUGGACAAAGCACUAUCAGAAUCAGAGUGUGGGUUCAAAUCCCACUUUUGAUGUUUAUUCUCUGUAACCUCAGCUGAAUAAUCCCACCCCCAGCCUCAUAAGAGAAGGAUAUAGAGUGGAUUUGAAUCCACAUAAACUGGAUUCUUUCUGGAUUUAUGACCCUCUGGAAAAAAGGCAGAUACAUUCUAGAGUGAAAUGACCACAAAUAGUCCAGAAAGUGCCGAGCUCCUGCAGUGUAAAGGUAAUCCCUUAAGUAUACAAAGUCCCAGAUCUGGUCCAAGACCAAACCUUCCUUCCCUAAGUCCCCUCAUCUCAAAGCUCCCCCUAAAACAGGCAGUGAAUGUCCCACACAAACGCCCCAAGCAAGUGCUAACUGGACCUAAGGCACCGAGGAGCAGGAUUCCUAUUCUGGUUGGUCCUUUGGUGCAUGAGAGAGAAUUCCCUAAGGAAGGCAAUCAUUGAGCAUUUACUGCAGGAGGGUUCUCCCCCUUUGGCGGAGUUGUAAGGGAGAUUUACCUAAUGGGUCAGAGGGGAGAAGUUGGGUCUUUGGGGAUGUGGGGAGAUCCAGUAGAACUGGAGGAGAUUCUGGCAUAGCAGAUGCCGUUUUCCUCCCCUGCCUUGCCGUCUCUCCAGCCCUCAGUAACCAUAAGGAGCUUCCCUGGGAGAUGGGACCCCCCCCCCCCGAUCUAAUAGGCAUGGUGCACAGUCUGUAUGGCAGCGCAGGUCACAAGGGGCACGUUUUUGUCUUCAGGGUAUGACACGCUGUGUCUUAAUGAGCCUCACAUCGGGCUUCUCCCGCCCUUGUUUCCUCUGUCUCUGCCCUUUGCAUUGACAGUGUCUUCAUGGAUUGUAUAAGAAUAGGUAACAUUUCCUACCCUGAGCAGGGCUUUUUGCCUGAUGUGUGUAAGGGAUGAGGAUCCCUACAAGGGCCUUGUGGCAUCCGAGUCGAGUCCCCCGUCUGUGAAUUUUCUCAUGGCAACUUGGCAUUGUUGGGCGGGGCCUCCCAGCGGGCAGUAUGUCAGUGAAAGCGGGAGCAUCACCACUCAGCCGCUGCUUGUCUCCAGGGUUCUUCAUUCUUUAAAAGUACCAGUAAAGAAUUUGCUGAAAGGACGGCUUCACGGAUGGCCUUGACUGACAAAGGAGACCCCUCAAUGCAGGCCUUGGUGCAGAAGCUUCCCAAUGUGGAACAUCUUCCAGCCAAGAGAUCACAGCUCAUUGAAUCCUCCUGGUAGAGUUCUCUCAUCCCCAUCCGCUCUUUCUGCCUCCUUUAAGGUGCCUCAGACAGGCUGGAGAUUUCCCUUUAGAUCCAUUGCUCAAAUAAACAUUGUGUUCACUGUG